AUGUUUCAAAUUCCUGUGGAGAAUCUUGACAACAUCAGGAAGGUACGGAAAAAGGUGAAAAGCAUUCUUAUGGACGUUGGGCUUGACAGAUGCAAGGAGCUGCUGAAGGACCUUAAAGGCUUUGACCCAGGAGAGAAGUACUUUCAUAACACAUCAUGGGGAGAUAUUUCUCUGUGGGAACCUUCUGGAAAGAAACUGAGAUAUCGAACAAAACCAUACUGUUGCAGCCUCUGUAAAUACUCCACAAAAGUACUUACUUCAUUCAAAAAUCAUUUACAUCGUUACCAUGAAGAUGAAAUUGACCAAGAGCUGGUGAUCCCUUGCCCAAACUGCGUGUUUUCCUCUCAACCCAGAGUUGUGGGAAGGCACUUCAGAAUGUUUCAUGCACCUGCUCGGAAAGUCCAGAAUUACACAGUGAAUAUUUUAGGUGAAACUAAAUCAUCUAGGAGUGAUGUGAUAAGUUUUACAUGUUUAAAAUGUAACUUUUCAAACACACUGUACUACAGCAUGAAGAAGCAUGUGCUGGUAGCACAUUUUCACUACUUAAUUAACUCCUAUUUUGGCCUGAGAACUGAGGAGGUGGGUGAGCAUCCUGGAGCUGACGACACCCUCUGUGCAGAGAAGUUGCUUGCGUCUGACAGGUAUUACUGUAAAAAGUGCAACGCCAAUGCCAGCAGCCAGGACGCUUUAAUGUAUCAUAUUUUGACAUCCGAUAUACACCGGGAUUUGGAGAAUAAGCUUAGGUCUGUCAUCUCAGAACAUAUUAAGAAGACUGGCCUUUUGAAGCAGAUGCAUAUUGCUCCCAAACCAGCUACACACGUGGCCAUACCGCCGAAUAGCAGUGCUCCGGGCAUCCCAGCCUCAUCUCCUUGCUACCACCUUGCCUUGCCGCAGAACGGCCAGAGCCAGACCGUGGUGCAGCCGGUUCAGGGUGCAGCCCCUCCAGCUACUGUGGCUGCGGGGGCUGUGGGCAGUGUCACCCACUCUCCGCCAGCCGUUGCCCAGCCUCACGUGACCCUGGUCUCCAGUCCUCUGCCAGUGGGCCAGAGCAGCCUCACUUUGCCGCGCUCGACGCCUCAGCCUGUCUUUCUUUCUCAUGGAGUCCCACUUAAUCAGGCAGCAAAUCCUCCCGUGUUGCCCUUGAGUCAGCCAGUUGGACCUGUAAAUAAGUCUGUUGGAACCAGUGUCCUCCCCAUAAACCAGACCAUCCGCCCCGGGGUUUUGCCACUCAGUCAGCCUGUGGGGCCCAUAAGCAGGCCAGUUGGACCUGGAGUUCUUUCGGUGAAUAGACCCGUUGGGUCUGGGGUCCUCCCUGUCAACCCCUCUGUCACCCCUGGAGUGCUUCAGGCAGUCUCGCCAGGGGUGAUUUCUGUGAGUCGGACAGUCCCGUCAGGGGUCCUUCCUGCAGGACAGGUGACCCCUGCUGGGGUCAUCCCUUCAGGACAGACAGCGACUUCUGGGGUUCUUCCUGCUGGCCAGGUGGUUCAGUCAGGGGUGCUCCCCAUCGGGCAGACGGCCCCCUCGGGGGCACUGCCCACAGGGCUGACGGUCCCACUGCGGGUGCUCCCUCCUGGCCAGGUAGUCCCACCUGGGCUCCUUCCCCCCAACCAGACAGUCUCGUCAGCCGUUCUUCCUGUGAACCAGGGCAUUAACUCUGGUGUUCUUCAGCUCAGUCAGCAGGUCAUGUCAGGAGUUCUUCCUGUGGGCCAGCCAGUGAGGCCUGGGGUCCUGCAGCUUAAUCAGUCUGUGAAUACCAACAUUCUGCCUGCAAAUCAGACCAUUAGACCCGGUGCUUCGCCAAACACCACUUUCCUUACAUCAGGCUCUAUUCUCAGACAGCUCAUACCCACAGGGAAACAAGUGAAUGGCAUUCCCACGUACACACUUGCCCCGGUGUCUGUCACUCUGCCAGUGCCCCCUGGAAGCGUUGCCACUGUUGCCCCUCCCCAGAUGCCCAUCCAGCUCCUGCAGUCGGGCACAGCUGCCCAGAUGGCCAGUUCCAUGGCCGGCAUGCCCUCCCCUCCCGUGGUGGUAAAUGCCACUCAGAGUAUGUUUGUUCAGGCCUCUUCGUCUGUGGCAGAGGCAAAUCAGGUGCUCAAACAGGCCAAGCAAUGGAAAACCUGUCCUGUUUGCAACGAGCUCUUCCCUUCCAAUGUGUACCAGGUCCAUAUGGAAGUGGCGCAUAAGCACAAUGAAUCCAAAGCUGCUGACAAACUGGAGCCAGAGAAACUGGCGGCAUGUGCGCCAUUUUUAAAGUGGAUGAGAGAGAAGACAGUUCGAUGUCUUUCUUGUAAGUGUUUAGUUUCGGAGGAGGAGCUUAUCCAUCACUUACUGAUGCAUGGCCUGGGGUGCUUGUUCUGCCCGUGCACCUUCCACGAUAUCAGAGGCCUCUCAGAGCACAGUCGGACCAUGCACCUGGGGAAGAAGAAGCUGCCCAUGGAUUACAGUAACAAAGGUUUUCAACUGGAUAUCGACGCCAACGGCAACCUGCUGUUUCCCCACCUUGACUUUAUUACCAUAUUGCCUAGGGAGGAGCUGGGCGAGCGGGAGGUCUACCUGGCCAUCCUGGCAGGGAUACACUCCAAGUCGCUGGUGCCUGUGUACAUCAAGGUGAGGCCCCAGGCUGAGGGUGCUUCUGGGAGGCCCGGCAAGCAGGUGUUGACCUGCCCCUUUUGCUUUGGCACCUUUGUGACAACCGAGGCAUACGAGCUGCAUCUGAAGGAGAGGCACCACAUCACGCCCACAGUCCACACGAUUCUGAAGUCUCCAGCUUUCAAGUGCAUCCACUGCUGCGGGGUCUACACUGGCAACAUGACGCUGGCAGCCAUUGCCAUCCACCUGCUGCGCUGCCGCAGCGCCCCCAAGGACAGCAGCCCUGACCUGCAGGGCCAGCCCAGCCUCCUGGAGAACAGCGAGCUGCUUUUAGUCAACGGUGAAGUGAUCCAUGAUACCAGCUUCUCAGUGAAGAGAAAGCUGCCUGAUGGCCACUCCGGGGUCGAAGACCAGAGGGAUGGCGUGGAGCCGCCCGUCAUCAUAGACGCGGACGCAGACCCAGCUCCAGAAAAGGCAGUGAGUGCACCUGUUAAACGGCAGCGGAGUGAGGGCAGGACGGAGGGACCGCCCGUUAGUGAAGACGCUCUUCAGAUUUUAGCAUUAAAUCCUAAAAAGUACGAAGACCGUUCUUACGAAGACAAAAAGCAGUUUCUUAGGGAUUAUUUCCACAAGAGACCAUAUCCCAGUAAAAAGGAAAUAGAAUUGUUAUCUUCACUCUUAUGGGUGUGGAAAAUUGACGUGGCUUCAUUUUUUGGAAAAAGAAGGUAUAUUUGCAUGAAAGCAAUAAAAAAUCACAAACCGUCUGUACUUUUAGGCUUUGACAUGUCUGAACUUAAAAAUGUUAAACACAGGUUGAACUUUGAGCAUGAACCACAAAACUUGUAA